AUGACAACUGUUCAAGAUGACGGCCUGGAGCUGUCGCUUCAUUCGGCCGAAUUGGGGGAGCCUUCUGAGCCAGAGGGCGACCUGCGGAAGCUGCUCACGCUAAACCCUAUCGACCAGCAUCGAAGUUUCGGCCGUAGGCUUGCCAUCGUGGCAGGCGUUGCUGAAGGCCACCGAGUUCAGGUGGUCUUCCAGGAAUCCGAUGAGCGUUGCCGGGCCGUUGACUUGAAGGUACUGUCGGAGAAGCUUCCGCGCACGCGCGCGCUGGCCAUGAGCAAGCAGGAUUUCUCGCUGACUUGCAGCGUUGCUUGCGAGGAAGACCGAGAAUCAAGCAAGGCGAGCGGGCCUCCAGUCUUCCAAGCAGACCGGCUUCUUUCCCUUGGCGCCAGAUCCAGAAAAGCUGAAAUCAGGCUGCAGUGCAAGGAUGUGAGACAUGACGUCUUCGCCAGUUUCAUUGCUGCAGAACUCUUGCAGUCAGUGGAGGGCUCUGCAAGCCUCGGCUACAUCCUUGAGGUAGCCGGAGGAAAAGGAGCUCUGGCUUUCGCUUUGCACUCACAUGGUAUCGCAGAUGUGGUAGUAGUCGACCCCAGGCAAACUUCUGAGAGCCUGCCCACGGUUGAGAUGUCCGACCUCCAUCCAGAGGGUGAGGAGGAUGUCCACUCGGAGCCUGCCGUGCGACAUGUCAGGGCACACUUUGAUGAUUCAUCUCGGGACUUGGUCGGCAAGGCCCGCGCCGUGGUUGCCAUGCACCCGGACGAGGCCACGGAUGCAGUCGUGGAGUUGGCCCUCUUGGCCCGCUGCCCUUUCGCCGUUGUGCCCUGCUGCGUUUUCCCAACUCUCUUCAGCGACCGACGCCUCAUCGAUGGCAGUGGAGUUGCGGGCCGCUCGACUGGAUGUGCUCCGCGAGGAGAUACACAGGACUUUUGCGCUUCCUACGGGAAAAGGACGGCAAUGCUGAUUCGCAGAAUUGGUAAAGAAGAGGAUUUGCUUCCGGGCUCGGAAGACAUGGCAACACCUGUGGUGUGCUCGGCAGUGGAGAGCCUGACGCUGGCCGAAGCGUUUUCGAUGCAAGCAGAGGUGAACUUUGCACACAUCGGCUUCUUGGUUCUGUGGCGUUGCUGCUUCUUGCUGCUACAGCUUCCCGCCAUCAAGCUGUUUGGCUCUUUGAAGAUCACAGCUUUCAUGGGGCUGCGCAUUGAGCUGGCGCCUCGCUCCUUCGAUGACCUGGAGCGAGCUGAGGCCAAGAGGUUAACGCUGACCCUUGUCCCAACAUCUGGCAAGAAGCUUCAUCUAGUGUUGCACCAAGAUGCUUCCGUGGGCAUUGCCGGAGUCAUGUAUGACUGCGCAGCCUUGCUGGCAAGACGGCUUUGCGAGGAACCAUCCCUUCUGGGAUCCAAGGUCGUGGAGCUGGGCUGUGGCACGGGCUGCGCUGGACUCACUGCAGCAGCACUGGGAGCAAAGGUCGUCCUGACAGAUCGGAGCGAGCGCGCCUUACGUGUGGUGCAGCAGUCGGCCAAGGAGACUGGCCUAGAAGUUCGUACAAGUCGCUGGGAGUGGCAUGAGCAACUACCGGCAGAAUGCCGUGGAGCUUCCACCGUGUUAGCAACCGACGUGGUGUACAGUGAGGACACCUCGGCGCUGCUGUCUGCGUUGAAAGCGGUCACGGUAGCUGGCACAGUGGUACUGUUGGUGGUUAGAGUCAGAAGCUUGGCGGCAUUGGCUGGAUUGCGGUCCCUGCUGCAGGAUGCCAGCCGCGUCUUCAAGGCCGUUGAGUCGUUGAGGGUCGGGGUGGCGAUGAGAUGUGGAUCGAAGGUUGAAAGUCACGCCGCAGUGCUGCAUGCAGUAGUCAUCCUGCCGUGCAGCGAGCCCAGAGGCUUCCCUUUUUGCUUCAGGAGUGCGCCCCGGCACAUCUUGAACCAGCAGCAUGCGCUCGCCUGCAAAUGUGUGGAAAGGCUCCUUCACCGAAUUUGCCAGGGCAUUGCUAUGGAAAGUACAUUGAAAGUACUAUGCCCUGCCCUUCCAAGUACUGCAUUGAUCUCUCCCCCCAAACAGUAA